UACUCAUCUAACCAAAUAUUAUUGUAUCUAAUCUCUCCCCCAACCCCAAAAAAAUUAGAACCCCCAACCCGGUUCACGUGCGUACGGGUGUUACAAAGACUUACCCCAGUUGUCACGUACCAGGUACCACAACCCUACUCCGUUACCCGGGCUUCGGACCAGUUAGAAUUAAUCUAGGGUCAUUUAUCGUUAAGAAAAUUCCCGACACAAAACAUCAAAAACACAAAACCCCUCAAAAACCCCAAAAGAGGGGAGACUGGAGAGUGGAGAGAGAUAGAAACAGAAGGGUUUGAACUUUGAUUGGAAGACUAGAUUAGUUGGUGCCGCGCUUUCCUUAGACUUUACUUGAAAUUAACAUUCUAAUUUUCUUUUCUCCAAAAACAAAAAAAUAAAACCUUUGAAGUUUCCCACCUAUAAAUGAACAAGUUCAAAGGUUUAUGCCUCCCACGUCCAUUCCAGAACUUCAAAAUCAAACAUCACCUGGAAUUCGGGAAAAAGAUGGAGAAUCAACAAUGGAGCAACAGUUGCAGCACUGAUGGUGUUGAUGAGAAAGAGUUGGGAAAUAUGGGCAGUACAAGCAGUAACCUUAUUGACACUGUUAUACUGAGUCAUGAUUUUGCUCAAGGCCUGCACUCAUGGCACCCCAAUGGUUGUAAAGCAUUGAUAGUGCCACCCGAGUCAGAAAAAACUGAUGGAACAUCAGCCGGUUAUGCUGUAGUCACAAAUAGGAAAGAGUGCUGGCAAGGAUUGGAGCAAGAUAUAACAAGUAGAGUUUCUAUUGGUAAAACGUAUAGAGUUUCUGCUUCUGUUGGAGUGUCGGGAAGCCAUGAAACUUCUAAUAUCCAAGCCACGUUGAAAUUAGUGUAUAACGGAUCUGACACUAGUUAUGUGUUCAUUGGAAAGAUUCCAGUGUCAACGGAGAAAUGGGAAUGUUUGGAAGGAACUUUCACUCUCUCGAAAAUGCCUGAUCGUGUUGUAUUUUAUCUAGAGGGGCCUCCUCCUGGUGUAGACCUGCUCAUCAAAUCGGUGGUCAUUUCUUGUUCCAGCCCCACAAAGAUGAAAGGAAAUAUUGGUGAUACAAGGACUGACCUUCCUGAAAACAUUAUACUGAACCACAACUUUUCCCAAGGCCUGCAUCUAUGGCAUCCCAAUUCCUGUGAUGCAUCUGUAGUGUCACCUGAGUCAGGAAGUACUGAAGGAGUGUCAACAAAAUUGAGUGGUGGCUAUGCAAGAGUUACAAAUAGGAAUCAGAGCUGGCAAGGAUUUGAACAUAAUAUAACGAGCCUUGUUUCUCCAGGAUCUACUUAUAAAAUUUCUGCACAAGUUGGGGCGUCAGGAACUCAUGAAUCUUCAAAGAUUCAAGCUACACUAAGAUUAGAGUACAAAGGAUCUGACACCAAGCAUCUUUCCAUCGAAAGGAUUUCUGUAUCCAAUGAGAAGUGGGAGACCUUGGAAGGAACAUUUGUUCUCACAACAGUUCCAAAUCGUGUUGUGAUCUAUCUGGAAGGACCUAAUCCUGGCACAGACUUGCUUGUAAAAUCAGUCACAAUUUCCUGUUCUAGCCCCGUUGAGACUGUGAGCAGAUGUGGUGAUGAUGGAGAUGAGAAUAUAAUAUUAAACCCCACAUUUGAAGAUGGACUCAAUAACUGGUCCGGAAGGGGAUGCAAAGCUGUGUUACAUGACUCAAUGGCAGACGGAAAGAUUACACCUCAGUCUGGCAAGUGUUUCGCUGCAGCAACAGAACGAACACAAACUUGGAAUGGAAUUCAACAAGAUAUCACACCUAGAAUUAAGAGAAAGUUGGCUUACGAGGUUACCGCUGUUGUUCGGAUUUACGGAAAUAAUGUUACUAGUGCUAAUGUCCGAGCUACGCUAUGGGUUCAGACACCAGAUAAGCGUGAGCAGUACAUAGGCAUCUCAAAUGCUCAGGCAACAGACAAAGAUUGGGCUCAGCUCCAGGGAAAAUUUCUUAUUAAUGGUUCUCCAUCAAGUGUUGUCGUAUAUUUGGAAGGACCUCCUGCUGGUACAGACAUCCUUCUUAACAGUUUUGUCAUAAAACAUGCACCCAGAACUCCCUCAUCUCCUCCGCCAGCUAUUCAGAAUUCUUCGUUUGGAGUAAAUAUAAUUCACAACAGUGAACUUAGUGAUGGUACCAAUGGCUGGUUUCCUCUAGGCAAUUGCACACUAAGUGUACGAAGUGGUUCACCACAUAUCCUUCCUCCAAUGGCGGUGGAUUCUCUAGGACCUCACGAACCACUAACUGGUCGUUACAUCCUUGUGACGAAUCGUACACAAAACUGGAUGGGUCCUGCUCAGAUGAUAACUGACAAGUUGGAGCUUUUUCUCACAUAUCAGAUUUCUGCUUGGGUUAAGGUUGGGCAUACCGCUUCUGGACCACAGAAUGUCAACAUUGCACUGAGUGUGGAUGGUCAGUGGGUCAAUGGGGGCGAAGUUGAGAUCAGUGAUGACAGAUGGCAUGAAAUUGGUGGUUCUUUUAGGAUUGAGAAGCAACCAUCAAAAGUCAUGGUUUAUAUUCAGGGCCCUGUUUCAGGAGUUGACUUAAUGCUUGGAAGUCUUCAGAUUUUCGCUGUUGAUCGACAAGCUAGGUUCAAACAUUUGAGAAGGCAGACUGAUAAGAUACGUAAACGUGAUGUAGUCUUAAAAUUCACAGGAGACGACACAUUUGGAAACUUUGUGAAAGUUAGACAAACAAAGAACAGCUUCCCGUUUGGUUCCUGCAUGAGCAGGACGAACAUAGAUAAUGAAGACUUUGUGGCCUUCUUCCUGGAAAACUUCAACUGGGCAGUGUUUGGAAAUGAACUCAAGUGGUAUUGGACUGAAGCACAAAAAGGGAAUUUAAAUUACAAGGAUGCGGAUGACAUGUUGGAUUUAUGCGAAAAGAACAACAUUGAAGCUCGAGGGCAUUGCAUCUUCUGGGAAGUAGAGGACACAGUUCAACCAUGGAUAAAGUCCCUCAGUAAAAAUGACCUAAUGACAGCAGUGGAAAACCGUCUGACUGGCCUGCUUACUCGAUACAAGGGGAAGUUCAGGCAUUAUGAUGUGAAUAAUGAGAUGUUGCAUGGAUCAUAUUACCAGGAUCAUUUAGGUAAAGACACUCGAGCCAACAUGUUUAAGUCAGCAAACAAUCUAGACCCAUCUGCCCUUUUAUUUGUGAAUGACUAUCAUGUUGAAGAUGGGAAUGAUCCAAGAUCAUGCCCCGAGAAGUACAUUGAACAAGUGCUAGAUUUGCAAGAACAAGGUGCACCAGUAGGAGGUGUGGGAAUUCAAGGACAUAUUGAUAGUCCUGUUGGCUCAAUCGUCUGUUCUGCCCUUGAUAAGUUGGGCAUUCUUGGUCUUCCAUUAUGGUUUACCGAGCUUGAUGUCUCUUCAAUUAAUGAGUAUGUUAGAGCAGAUGAUUUAGAAGUCAUGCUUCGGGAGGCCUUUGCUCAUCCAGCAGUCGAAGGAGUUAUGUUAUGGGGGUUCUGGGAAUUGUUCAUGAGCAGGGAAAACUCACACCUUGUUGAUGCUGAAGGUGAUAUCAAUGCAGCAGGUGAAAGGUACCUUAAGCUCAAGCGUGAGUGGCUAACUCGUGCUCAUGGUCAUAUUGACGAUCAAGGACAGUUUUGCUUUAGGGGUUACCAUGGGACAUACCAACUAGAUGUUGUUUGUUUUGAUAAGAAAGUUUCCAAGACAUUUGUGGUUGACAAGGGUGAUUCGCCGCUGAUUUUAUCUAUCGAUUUGUGAUGUUGAUAUCUCAACACUUGCUGGAAAAUAUAUCAAAAUUGUGUUCAACAACGGCUAGAGGAAGAACUAAUGGUUCUACUCUCAUACGUGAUUUGAUUUCUUGUUAAUACAGUUGCGUUUUCGUUGUUUUUACUUUCUACCAUUUCUGUAUCCCACACAAAAAAAUGUAAGAAUUAUACCACGGUGUUGUAAGUAUUUGAAUCAAUAAAACAAUGUUGCUUCGCGUUU